UGAGGCGGCGGCGGCGCCAGCGGGCGGUGGCUGCUCUGCUCUCUACAAGUGGGUCCCACGGCGGAGCCGGUAGGUGGCCCGAGGGCCUGGCGCCAUGAAGCUGUACAGCCUUAGUGUCCUCUACAAAAGCGAGCCCAAAGCAGUACUGCUCAAAGCCGCUUACGACGUGUCUUCUUUCAGUUUCUUCCAGAGGUCCAGUGUUCAGGAAUUCAUGACCUUCACAAGUCAACUAAUUGUGGAGCGCUCAGCGAAAGGCAGCAGAGCUUCUGUCAAAGAACAAGAGUAUCUGUGCCAUGUCUAUGUUCGGAAUGACAGUCUUGCAGGUGUGGUCAUUGCUGACAGUGAAUACCCAUCCCGGGUGGCCUUUACCUUGUUGGAAAAGGUACUAGAUGAAUUCUCCAAGCAGGUUGACAGUAUAAACUGGCCAGUAGGAUCCCCUGCUACAAUCAACUACACAGCCCUGGAUGGUCACCUUAGUAGAUACCAGAACCCCCGAGAAGCUGAUCCCAUGAGUAAAGUACAGGCUGAACUUGAUGAGACCAAAAUCAUUCUGCAUAACACCAUGGAGUCUUUGUUAGAGCGAGGCGAGAAGCUUGAUGACUUGGUGUCCAAAUCAGAAGUACUGGGAACACAGUCCAAAGCCUUCUAUAAAACUGCCCGGAAACAAAAUUCAUGCUGUGCGAUCAUGUGAUGCAGCCCAUGGAGGCCGGCACUGGAUCGUCCAUCACUCAUAUCAGAACUGCAGUCCUGAGGAAGAAGAGAUGUCCGAGAAGAGGACCUGGAGCUGUCCAGACUGGUCAUUUUUAUUUUGGAGUUUCCCAGAAGAAACAAGGGACAGUGGAAUGGUGGGGGAAAUUCAAGUUCAUAUGUCUGGUUGUGAUUUUUAGAAAGAAUUUGAGGCCCUCAAAGGUGUAUUUUUGGGAAAACGAAACCAUAAACUCUGAGUGGCUCCCAUAGGUGCUGAAGGGCUCAUUUUCAGCUAACCCCAGAAGGCUCUAUGGGAAGAAAUUUAGAGCCAGCUCUUUUUUGAUCCUCA